AUGGCAAUCGCGCUGGCAGAGGCAGAUAAGUAUGAGAUACUGGAGAAGAUUGGGUGUGGUUCAUUCGGCAUAAUUCGCAAAGUGAAGAGGAAAACAGAUGGCUUCAUAUUAUGUCGCAAAGAGAUCAACUACAUCAAAAUGUCCCAGAAGGAGCGGGAACAACUGACAGCCGAGUUCAACAUCCUAAGCUCCCUCCGACACCCGAACAUUGUCGCCUACUACCAUCGCGAACAUCUGAAAGCGAGUCAGGACCUCUAUCUGUACAUGGAGUACUGUGGCGGGGGUGAUCUCAGUAUGGUCAUCAAGAACCUCAAGAAAACAAACAAAUACGCGGAGGAGGAGUUCGUUUGGCGUAUAUUGUCCCAGUUGGUGACAGCUCUCUACCGAUGUCACUAUGGAGCCGACGCGGCUGACGUAGGGUCCAACAUACUUGGCCCUGCCCCAAAGUCAUCCGGAUUGAAGGGAAAGCAGGCUCAGAUGACAAUCCUGCAUCGCGACCUGAAGCCGGAAAACAUUUUCCUCGGCAGUGACAACACGGUCAAGCUGGGAGACUUCGGCUUGUCGAAGCUGAUGAACUCCCAUGACUUUGCGUCCACCUAUGUCGGCACGCCCUUCUACAUGUCGCCGGAGAUAUGUGCUGCUGAGAAGUACACAUUGCGCUCUGACAUCUGGGCAGUCGGUUGCAUUAUGUACGAGCUUUGCCAACGAGAGCCACCGUUCAAUGCCCGUACACAUAUCCAACUGGUGCAGAAGAUUCGCGAGGGAAAAUUCGCUCCUCUGCCCGAUUUCUACUCGCCAGAAUUGAAGAACGUCAUCGCUAGCUGUCUGCGUGUGAACCCUGACCACCGGCCCGAUACGGCAGCCUUGAUCAACCUCCCCAUAAUUCGUCUUCUGCGCAAGGAGAAGGAAGUUGUUGACCUUGGAAAGUCUCUCCGCAAGCGGGAAGAAUCUACUCUACAGAAGGCACGAGAUGUCGAGCAGGCUUACGCAAAACUGGAGAAGGAGAAACAACAGAUCAAAUCGGACCUGGAGAACUCUAUCCGCCGAGAGUGGGAAGUCAAAGCGAGGCUUGAAAUUGAUCGCCAGGUGCAAAACGAGCUGGACAAGCUUCGCAAGAGAUUCGAAGCUGAAGUACAGGAAAGAGUUGCCGUGGAGCUCGAGAAGCACAAGAGGUACAACUUCAGAGAAGAUUCCGGUUUUCGAUCCAGCACUCGCGCCUCCCAGUCAUCAGCCAGCAAUGCAGAUGACACCGAUUUCCCCUCCAGCACUGAUAUUAGCCAGUUGUCCAUGGAGUCGCCAGGGAACAAACCGGUGAAGAAAGACCGCACGCCGUUCAAUCGUUCAAAAACCGUGGUCGAGUCGCCUGUCGAUGUGCAGAUGGCUGAGCCGUCCCCCAUGUCUAUUGCAUCGCUUUCUCUGUCACCUCGUCGGACAUCAUCUUCGGGGAAGAACAUUUUCGCCGAAGCAGAGCGAAAGCGAGCCAAGUGGGAGCCUACUCUGGUCUACUCCGACGACGAAGACGAUACCCCUGAUUUACCUUCACCGACUCGGCCCAAGGUGAAGCCCGACCCUUUCAAGGCCCCGUCCCGACCACUACUACGUCAGAACACGGCCGCUCUCAUGCAGAAGCUGAGCACACAACCGCCGCUAUUCCCAACUAACCAAUCGAGGCUUCCCCAAAUGUCUGGCCCCGGUCACUCUGACUCCCGUAGUGGAGAACCCAAGGCCAGAUCGCCUCACCGACGGCUCUCAAAGAUUCCAUCCUCGGCCAAUUUGGCAGCCGAUGCCGGGUCACCAACACGGAAGACUGGCAAGCAACUUCCCUCUAAAGUGAACGGAGGGGGCGAGGAGAUGUUCAAAGCUGUAAUGCAGCGCAACAUGGGCGGCAGGACUCUCGUGGAGCUAGCUCAAGCUCGUGCUGGCGGUCGUCCGAUCGAUGAUCUCAAGCGGUGUGCAAGCGAUUCUCGUGCAGCCUGUGCAGCUGGCUUGAAGUCCUCUCCUGCCGAGCGUGAUCCGCCUGCUGUGUGGGAUCCCGAAAAAGAUGAAAUGCCUAGCCCAUUCCUUGCUCGGGGUAGAAAGGUCAUCCGCAACCUGAGGUGA